AGGCUCUUCGACGGUGCAGCUGGCCCCGAACCUGAGGUUCUCUGUGGGAGUGUGGGAGAAGGGCCGACUGCCCACCGGUGUGGUUUCGAAGGCGGGAGAUACCGUACGGAAAGAGGCUCUCCGAAUAUCGACCUUCCGGUUCGGCCCUCUUGCGGGUCUUCACCAUAGCAGAGGAUAUUAGACUCCUGUUCGCCACUUUCGCUCCUCUCUUCGAGUUGCGGCCGCCAUAGCCUAUCGUGAAAUAGUAGUUGCUGCGCCUUCCCGCGUCAGCGAAAAUGGUUAAGUUUUUGAAGCAGAACAAGGUGGUCGUUUUGUUGAACGGGCGGUAUGCAGGGCACAAGGCUGUGAUCGUGAAGAACUUCGAUGACGGCACGAGCGGGAGACCUUAUGGCCAUGCCCUGGUGGCGGGCAUAGCCAAGUAUCCUCGAAAGGUUACGAAGAAGCUGUCUAAGAAGAAGCUCGCCAAGAGGGCCAGGCUCAAGCCUUUCGUCAAGGUCAUCAACUACAACCACAUCAUGCCGACGAGGUACGCUCUCGAUGUGGAUCUGAAGACCACCGUUGUUCCAGAGAAACUUGAAACUCAGGCGAAGAAGGUGGAGACCAGAAAGGAGGUGAAGAAGAUUCUUGAGGAGAGGUUCAAGACAGGAAAGAAUAGGUGGUUUUUCUCCAAGCUGAGAUUCUAAGCCUCUGAAGUACGGGUAUGUCGGUCGGAGAAGUGUUAAAGAAAGACGCGCAGCAAUCUAUCCUCGUUUAAUCUAUCUUCGUUUGGAAGGGCUAAAAUUUCGGGUUUGGGCUCUCGUUGUCGAAGCCAUACUCUGCAUCGGUAUCGUGAUCGUGGGAUAUGACGUGGAAGGCGUUUUGCGCGCGAAAGUGUUUGGAAUUGUUUAGACCGGAAUGGGUGAAGGGAGUGAUUUCCUUUGGAAGGGUUACAAUUUUGGAGCGUGGCUUGCUAUGCAUGGGGUCUGAUCGAGUGACAGGAACGGGCUUGUUUAGUUGAGGGGAGUAAUUUCUUACAACUUAGAGCCAAAAGCGGAUUAAUCACACGCGCAGUGAUGGGCAACUCGAUGUGGCGGCCAAUGUAUUGAUUUCAGAGCACGCGGAUUAUUGUUUUUUCGCUCUACCCGGUUCCUUGUUUUGACAGUAAGAGAGAGAGAGAGAGAGUUUUCUUGUCUUAUUUCCGUUAUCUUCCACCCAAUGUACAUUGGAUGAGUUGCUAAGCGUCUUUCUUGUCACCUUUCUUUAACGUCGUUCUCUCUCAGUCGUGUGGAUUCGUCUUUGCGGUGGUAAUUUCUUGCCAGUCUGAUUGGCGGCAAAGUUUUACUCUGUUGUUUCUCCUGAGCCGGUGAGAACUGAUCGUCUGCCCCUCCCUGCUUUCGGUUCCCCCAUUUCCUCUCCACCUCCCCCCCCCCCCCCCCCCCCCCCCCCCCCCCCCCCCCGGUAGACCCUCCCCGCUGGCGUGUUGGCUUAAAGCUCUUUCUUCGUAGUACCGCAGUGUUGGGAGUGUCGUUUUUCGAAGGGUCUUUAUGGUUGCGUUCGCCUCCCAUUGCCCGCCUAAACACCUCUCCCCGCGCCCUCCCCCAACUUCGGUCGCUUGUCGUUUGUGGUGAAGCUCGUUUGGUUCUAUCAUUGUGUUACCAUUCCUUCUCCCUUCUUGAUGUGCCAUCCACUUCGACUCGGCGUUCCUAAGGCUCUCUAUGGUUGCACUCUCCCUCGCAGACGGCGGAAGGAGCCUUUUCGCUCUCCCACUCGUCUCUCUUUCCUGUUUUCUUCUCUGCGGUUGAUGCUCAUUUGGUACUAUCAUUGUGUGCUACUAUUCCUCCUCCCUUCUUGAUGUGCCGUCCACUUCGACUCGCCGUUCCUAUGGCUCUCUAUGGUUGCACUCUCCCUCGCAGACGGCGGAAGGAGGCUUUUCGCGCUCCCAUUUGUCUCUUUCCUGUUUUCUUCUCUGCGGAAAGUGCGUGCCUAGCAGGCGUGUCGGACGGCGUGUAUCGAUUUUAUUUGUCUUGUUGGGAAUGUAGUACGUCCAGGGGGGGGGGGGGGCGUGCACGGCAAUUGAAUGUU